GGACAGUCGGGAUCAGGGAAGGUGUCGAGUGGAUGCAGCGUGGGAGGACUGCCACUUCUCCCUCACGGCUGGACUUGGCUGCAAAUGAAAAGUGGUGGUCGUCGUCGCCGUUGUUGUUGUUGUAGUUCCAAUCGCUUUUGCCGUCAGUUGUGAAUCAGUUUACAUUUCUCCAAUUAUUUUUUUUCAUUUGUUGACUCAGUUACUCAAAAUAAAAAAGAUAAAGAGAAAAAAUGUCCCGAAGUAGGUUCGCCCCGAUGGACGGCAGCUCGAUUGCCGCAGUGAGUGCGAGGAAGUCGACACGAGGAAGUCGAUGUUUUGUUCCGACCGACCGAAAGAUCCGGUACCUUCCUAUUUGAGUGGUGAAGCGCGUGAAAAGUUUGUUCGAUAUCCUUGUGGGGGGGCCGAAGAAGUUCUAUUUCGGGUGGGCUAUCUGAUCGGCUCUUCGGAUUGGCAUUCGAUCGAUCGGAUGCUGCGUGAUAGAAUGAGAACAGUUUUCGUGGUUUCGUCGUGUUGUGUCGUGUUAUGUUUGCUGGCCGAACGAAGCAACUCGGCGCUGAAUGAAAGUGAAUCGGUGCAGUCUGUCGUCCAGCGGCUGGAGCAUUUGAAUUGGAUCUACGCGAACAAGCGGAACCACCAGAAGGAUUCCACCAACAAGAUCAACUACGAGCUUUAUGUCACCCCGGUGAUGUCAGAGACGGAGCGGCAGCGGGCGCGAAAUCCGCUGCUGUCCUGGUUGGCCAAUGUGCUAAAUUUCGCGGGCGUUGGCCAAACGUCGGAGGUGCAGGAAGACUCACCGGUUACCAAACCGGACUAUUGCUCAGCGUGCACUUGUGGCGUUUCGCCAAUCACUUCUCGCAUCGUCGGUGGCGUCAAGGCGGAUAUCAAAGAGUUCCCGUGGAUGGUCCAGCUGCUCUAUCGAGGGACGUAUUAUUGCGGGGGUACGUUGAUAAGCGAUCGCUACAUCCUGACGGCGGCCCACUGUGUGCUGAACUUCAAGGCGGCCCAGAUCACGGUCAAGUUGUACGACGUCCAGCACAGUAAGAUGGUGAUCAGGGCCGUUGAAAAAUUGCACGGUAACAAUGGGUUCAGUUUGGACACUUUCAACAAUGAUAUUGCCCUGGUCAAGCUGCAUAAUGCGGUCAAUGUGGUGGAACGAUUUGUGACCGUUUGUUUGCCAACUCCGGGCAAAUCGUACGCUAACAAGGAAGGAACCGUCACUGGAUGGGGAAAGCUGGCCAACGGUAGUCUAUCGCAGGUUCUGCAAAAGGUCCAGGUCCCAAUCAUGACCAAUGCGCAGUGCAAAAAGAGCGCCUAUCGAGCGUCACGAAUUACCGACAACAUGAUGUGUGCGGGAUUCCCCGACGGAGGUCACGAUGCUUGUCAGGGAGAUAGUGGAGGUCCGCUUCAGAUUGGCGAUACUAGCCUGAGGGAGGUCGUUGGGAUCGUAUCGUGGGGAGAAGGUUGCGCCAAACCAAACUAUCCGGGAGUUUAUACUCGAGUGAAUCGCUACUUGCAGUGGAUCAAGAACAAUUCACGGGACGGAUGUUUGUGUGACCCACCGGAAUAGGGCAAUAUGAUGAUCCUGGAGUGUAAGAAUUUUAGAAUUUAAUGAAAAUCUGAGUAUUGAAAACGA